ACUGAGGGGACACCCCCAGGAUUUCCAGGGAGACCCCCGGGAUCUGCAGGGACAACCCCUGGAUUCUCUGAGAGACCCCCAGGAUCCCCAAGGAGACCCCCAGGAUGCCCAGGGAUACCCCCAGGAUCCAAAGGGACACUCCAGGAUUCCAAGGGACACCCCCAGGAUGCCCAGGGAGACCUCCAGGAUCUGCAGGGACAACCCCUGGAUGCCCAGAGGGACCCCCGGGAUCUGUCGGGAGACCCCCCAGGAUUCCCAGGGAUACCCCCGGGAUCCGUAGGGAGACCCCCAGGAUUCUCCGGGAGACCCUCAGGGAGACCCCCAGGAUGCCCAGGGAGACCCCCAGGAUACUCUGGGACAACCUCAGGAUCCUCAGGGAGGCCCCCAGGAUGCCCAGGGAAACCCCCGGGAUCCACAGGGAGACGCCCAGGAUCUGCAGGGACAACCCCAGGAUUCUCUGGGAGACCCCCAGGCUCUGCAGGGAGAUCCCCAGAUUCCAAGGGAGACCCUCUGGAUCCUUUGGCAGACCCCCUAGAUUCCCAGGGAGACCCCCAGGAUUCCCAGGGACACCCCCAAGAUUCCCAGGGACAACCCCAGGAUGCCCAGGGAGACCCUUGGGAUCCCCAGGGAGACUCCCAGGAUCCAAAGGGACACUCCAGGAUUCCCAGGGACACCCCCAGGAUCCUCUGGGAGACCCCCGGGAUCCUCUGGCUCCCCCCCAUCCCGGCAUUCCCAGCUCCAGGGGCACCCUUGGCACCGUCUCCCUUUCUCUUGCUCCUCCUUUUCCUGCCUUGGAUUGCACUUUUCCCUGUUUUUUCCUGAUUGUUCCAAGGGAUUCAGUCCCUGGGGGGAGUUUGCUCCGGGCUGCCUGGAGCCACGGACCAUCCUCCUCCUCCUCCUCCUCUUCCAAAGGGAUACAACCACUGUUGUCCCGGCUGGGCCGCUUCCAGGGAUGCUUGGGAAGGCUCCGGGGGGGGCCCUUCUGCUUCCCGCCGGGCCGGGAAAUCCCGGGAAAAGCCAGGGCCGGCGGCUCGAGAGGCUUUUCCCAGGGACACCAGGGAAGCUCCGGAGCCGCUUCCCGACAGCUCAGGUGUGUCCUGGAGCGCUGCUCCGGCCGGGAUUGUGCUCCCGGACGCUCCGUGGGGCCGGAUCCCAGGGAUGAGUGCUCUGGGCAUUCCCAGACAUCCCAGGGAGGCUCCGGGUGCUCCGUGGGGCCAGAUCCCAGGGAUGAGUGCUCUGGGCAUUCCCAGACAUCCCAGGGAGGCUCCGGGUGCUCCGUGGGGCCGGAUCCCAGGGAUGAGUGCUCUGGGCAUUCCCAGACAUCCCAGGGAGGCUCCGGGUGCUCCGUGGGGCCGGAUCCCAGGGAUGAGUGCUCUGGGCAUUCCCAGACAUCCCAGGGAGGCUCCGGGUGCUCCGUGGGGCCAGAUCCCAGGGAUGAGCGCUCUGGGCAUUCCCAGACAUCCCAGGGAGGCUCCGGGUGCUCCAUGGCUGGAGCCGAAUAAAGUGGAUUUCUAAGCUUGG